UGCCUUUCUACGCUCGAGGUCACCUCUCCUUAGCGCUCCCUCGUUCUCAGGCGUGGCCUCCUGGAGCGCCACGGCCCUCGGCUGCGCAGUUCUUCUGGUUUUCAAUAAAGUUUUCCUCCCUGUACGGCGUUCAAGAUGGCGGCCUCCUGGUCGCCCUUGGUUACCCUGCGCUCCGCCGCGCGCGGCCGGCUGACGGGGAGAGGUGUUGGGUGCGGGGCGCGGGCCGUCGCAAUCCCUCCUCCGGCCCCUGGCCCUGGGAGACCCCUUUGGAAAGCCUACACGGUCCAGACAUCUGAAGGUGUGCGUCCAACAGCGGCUUCCGAGGCCCAUUCAAAAGCUUUGGCUGUUUGCCGUGGACCUCUGGACCACUACGAGUUUCUGAUUGAAGCCCAGGAGCUGCGGGACGACGAACAUCAAAGAAGAGUCAUUCAGUGUUUGCAGAAGUUAUUGGAGGAUCUGAAAGGAUACAGCAUCGAGGAAGAAGGGCUCUUCUCCAAGCUUUUUUCAAGGAACAAACCUCCAAAGGGCCUGUAUGUUUAUGGAGACGUAGGUACAGGGAAAACAAUGGUGAUGGACAUGUUUUAUACCUAUGUGGAAACGAAGAGGAAAAAACGGGUCCAUUUUCAUGGCUUCAUGUUAGAUGUGCACAGAAGAAUACAUCGCCUUAAACAGAGCUUGCCAAAAAGGAAGGCAGGAUUCAUGACUAAGUCAUAUGACCCGAUAGCUCCCAUAGCCGAAGAAAUCAGCCAAGAGGCUUGUCUUCUAUGUUUUGAUGAAUUUCAGGUCACUGACAUCGCCGAUGCCAUGAUUCUGAAACAGCUUUUUGAAAAUCUGUUCAAAAAUGGGGUCGUCGUUGUGGCAACAUCCAACAGACCACCGGAAGAUCUCUAUAAAAAUGGACUCCAGAGGGCUAACUUUGUACCAUUUAUAGCUGUCCUGAAGGAAUAUUGCAAUACGGUCCAGCUAGAUUCUGGGAUAGAUUAUCGGAAAAGGGAACUCACUCCUGCAGGAAAACUCUACUACCUCACAAGUGAGGCUGAUGUGGAGGCUGUCAUGGAUAAGUUGUUUGAUGAGCUGGCCCAGAAACAAAAUGAUUUAACUAGACCAAGGAUUCUAAAAGUGCAAGGCAGAGAGCUGCGGCUGAAUAAAGCCUGUGGAACCGUUGCCGACUGCACAUUUGAAGAGCUGUGUGAGAGACCACUUGGAGCAAGUGACUAUUUGGAACUAUCAAAGAAUUUUGAUACAGUAUUUGUACGAAACAUUCCACAAUUUUCACUGGCAAAGCGGACUCAAGCUCGGCGAUUCAUAACACUCAUUGAUAACUUCUAUGAUUACAAGGUGCGUAUCAUUUGCUGUGCGUCGGCUCCUAUCUCCAGCUUAUUCUUGCAUCAACACCAUGACAGUGAGUUGGAGCAAAGCAGGAUACUGAUGGAUGACUUGGGGCUGAGCCAGGACUCGGCAGGGCUCUCCAUGUUCACAGGAGAGGAGGAAAUCUUCGCAUUUCAACGCACAAUUUCCCGCCUCACAGAAAUGCAAACUGAGCAGUACUGGAUUGAAGGGGACAGAAGCAAGAACUGCCUGGGAUUAUUAGUUGUGUGCCAAGGAGACAUCUGCUUUCAUUUCUAACAUGGUGAUCUGGGUCUAUGCGCCCCCAGCUCCUGCGCCCAAAGCCUUUUGAGACCUGCAGUCAUGUCAAUAGUGGAAUGUGGUCCUCCGAUAGUUCUCUCCCUUUGGUAAGCUUAAACUCCGUUUCUGAGGGAGGGGCACUGCCCUCUGCCGUCACUCUCCUACACCGGCUGUUCCAAAACAGCAGCACUGUUUCUCUGCUUGAACAUUCGACUUGGGAGAGGCAUCUGGAGUCAGCUUACGUGGAUCACUCCGGUGUUUGUUAACACAAACUGUAGUCAUCCCACAAGGGACCCUCCAUUAGAUCGCUCUGUAGGCUAGUCUGUGGAGGCAUUUUCUUGAUUGAUGAUUGAUGUGGGAGGCCCAGCCCACUGUGGGCGGUGCCACCGUGGCUAGGUGGUUCUGGGUUGUGUGAGAAACCAGGCUAUGCAAACCAUGGGGAGUGAGCUGUGUUUCUUCACGGUUGCUGUUUCAGCUCCUCGGGCCCCUUGGCUUCUCUUCCUGCUGUGCUGUAGGAUGAAAUAAACCCUUUCUCCCCCCCUCCCGAGUUGCUUUAGGUCAUGCUAUUUAUCUCAGCAAUAGAAAGCACACUAGGAUACACCCAUUUUUAAUAUCACACAUGCGUCAUGCUGCUUCUGGAAACCCUGCCCAAAAGAACAAAGUGUCUUGCUGGUUCUUCUGUGUCUCUGUAAUAGAAAAUCCGAGACUGGGUUGUUACAACGGGUUUACUUCUGCCUAGGCUGAGCAGCCCAUGGCGGAGGCGCUGCAUCUGGCGAGGGCUUUUGCUCUGCAUCGCCCUAUGGUGAGUUUUAAAAUGGCCAUUGUGAAACCUACACUCCGGGUUAGAGAAGGUAUUGUCACACACAGUGUCCGCGUCGCACUCUUCAGUUUCGUUUUUUCAGAUUAAUUUAUUUCAUAUGUAGAAGGGUUUACCUGGAUGUACGUAUGCGGGUACCGUGUGUGUGCCUGGUGCCCGAGGAAGUCAGAAGAGGGAUUUAGAUCCCCUGGAGCUGCAGUUAUGGAUGGUUGUGAACCACCACAUGGGUGCUGGGAAUAGAACCUGAGUCCUCUGGGAGAGCAGCCAGCGCUCUUAACUGCUGCCGCUUCUCCGGACGCUCACAGCCUUUCUUGAUCCCUCUAGUUACAAAGACCACCAAGGCCAGCUAUCCCCCAAACGCGUCUCCUCCCUGACUCUGACCUCAGCCCAUCACUGUCUGCUUCCAAAUCCAGCAUGGCUCCAGGGACUUGACCUGACUGGAGGCCAAGAGAGACUGAAGAGAGUCACAGGCACACAAAGAAGCAGGGAUCCGACAGACUGCUCUGGCUAACGGAGAAACCACAGCACCGUGGAAGUGCAGCGUGUUUAUUACAGAAGGCCAAACAGAAGCCAGGUCACUGUGCACAGCUGAGUGAGGAGGCAGGGUCACUGCACAGCUGAGUGAGGAGGUGGGGUCACUGCACAGCUGAGUGAGGAGGUGGGGUCACUGCACAGCUGAGUGAGGAGGCGGGGUCACUGUGCACAGCUGAGUGAGGAGGCGGGGUCACUGUGCACAGCUGAGUGAGGAGGUGGGGUCACUGCACAGCUGAGUGAGGAGGCGGGGUCACUGCACAGCUGAGUGAGGAGGCGGGGUCACUGCACAGCUGAGUGAGGAGGCGGGGUCACUGCACAGCUGAGUGAGGAGGUGGGGUCACUGCACAGCUGAGUGAGGAGGCAGGGUUAUUUACUGCAUACAGAUCAACACGGACCACUGAGUCAUGUACUUUAAAAGGCUGAAUUUUAUAUAUGAACAUAUGUCGGUGAGGUAGUUAAAAAAUAGCAUACAAAUAUUCACUAACCAUUCAUGCAUCCACUCACAGGCAUUUAUUUUUAUGCACUCUUUUCAAAGAUCCAGGCAAAGCCACAUCAGUAUGACUAGGAGAAACUCCCUGGCCAAGAUGGACUCACAGUCUUUUAGGAACACACAGACAUAAUACAGAAGUAUCCAGAGUGGCCUACCUGGGGACAUGGAGAGUUCUCAUGUCAGCCAGGAAUCAUAGGAGAAGGUGGAGAAACGACAGAGGGAGACACCGUUGGGAGGAAAGGUAGAGAGUGCUAAGCUCCACCCCUCAAACCCCUGAUUUAAUGAGUAUUGCAUGCUGGUUUGUGCAGUGCUUGCCAAGUGUCAAGAGACAUGGCUGGUCGUUCUGGGAGCUCGGGAGAGGAGGCAAAGUGACUAGAAUAGCGUUUUUCUGAAUGUUUAAAGAGAAGUCAGAUGCGACUUGUCCUCCAGACUUAACAAUUUCCUUUUAGAAUCCAAAAUUCAGACGGCAGAGUGUAAAAACUGCUGUUCUCAUCAAAAUGUACCCCUCAUUUUGCACUAAUAACCUAUCUCAUUUUUAACCAAACUCUGUAGCAUGCAGAAUAUUAAAUUUAUUUGCUAAA